UCUUGGUGCAUGGUAGCUCUUCUUCAAGUCGCCCGCCGCAUUCUUACUCGACCCAGCGCCAUGGAUCCUACCCGAGCUUUUGUCAAGAACGUGAAGCGUCUGAUAGUCAAGGUCGGAACGGCUGUGGUUACUAGACCUGAUGGAAGACUGGCACUAGGCAGGCUUGGAGCUCUCUGUGAGCAGCUUAAAGAAUUAAACUCUCGAGGCUAUGAGGUUAUUUUGGUUUCUUCAGGAGCGGUUGGUCUUGGACGCCAAAGGCUUAGAUACAGAAAAGUAGCCAACAGCAGCUUUGCUGAUCUACAAUAUCCACAAGAUGAAUUUGAUGGAAAGGCUUGCGCAGCAGUCGGGCAGAGUAGUCUCAUGGCUCUGUAUGAUACAAUGUUCAGCCAGCUUGAUGUGACCUCUUCUCAACUUCUUGUGACUGAUGUUGUUUUUAGGGAUGAAGGUUUUAGAAAGCAACUUUGUGACACUGUGAACUCACUAUUAGAUUUGAGGGUUAUUCCUAUUUUCAAUGAGAAUGAUGCAGUUAGCACUAAGAAAGCACCAUACCAGGAUUCUUCUGGUAUAUUUUGGGAUAAUGACGGUUUGGCAAGUCUAUUAGCUUCAGAACUAAAUGCUGACCUUCUUGUUCUGUUGAGCGAUGUAGAGGGCCUCUAUAGUUGUCCUCCGAGUGACCCAAAAUCAAAGAUAAUACAUACAUAUAUCAAGAAGAAACACCAAGGGGAAAUCACAUUUGGAGACAAGUCCAGGUUGGGAAGAGGAGGUAUGACUGCUAAAGUUGAAGCAGCUAUCUGUGCAGCUGAUGCUGGCAUCCCUGUUGUUAUUACAAGUGGUUAUGCCACAGACAACAUCAUUAAAGUACUUCAAGGAGAGCAUCUUGGUACUCUUUUCCAUAAAGAUGCACAAUUAUGGACUUCGGCCAAAGAGGCUGGUGCGCGUGCUAUGGCGGUUGCGGCCCGGGAAUGUUCUAGACGGCUUCAGGCCACACAACCUCAAGAAAGGAGGAAAAUAUUGCUGGACAUAGCGGAUGCCCUGGAGGCGAAUGAAAGUGUGAUUAUGGCUGAGAAUGAAGCUGAUGUUGCUGCUGCACAGGAGGCUAGAUACGAGAAAUCAUUAAUAUCUCGUUUAUCCUUGAAGCCCGGGAAGAUCUCCAGUCUUGCAAAAUCUGUUCGCAAACUUGCAGAGAUGGAAGAACCCAUUGCUCGUGUUUUAAGUAGAACAGAGCUUUCAGACGGGCUCAUCUUAGAGAAAACGACAAGUCCUUUGGGUGUCCUCCUGAUUGUUUUUGAGUCUCGACCUGAUGCUCUGGUACAGAUAGCUUCACUAGCAAUUCGAAGUGGGAAUGGUCUACUGCUUAAAGGAGGGAAAGAAGCCAAGCGAUCAAAUGCGGCGUUGUACAAGGUCAUUACUUCAGCAAUCCCAGAUACUGUUGGUGACAAACUUAUUGGACUUGUGACUUCCAGAGAGGAGAUUCCUGAUCUGCUUAAGCUGGAUGAUGUGAUAGACCUUGUGAUCCCCAGAGGCAGUAAUAAGCUUGUUUCUCAGAUUAAGAGUUCAACAAAAAUUCCUGUUCUCGGUCAUGCUGAUGGAGUUUGUCAUGUUUAUGUUGAUAAGUCAGCUAAUAUAGAUAUGGCAAAACACAUUCUGCGUGAUGCAAAAAUGGAUUAUCCUGCAGCCUGUAAUGCAAUGGAAACACUUCUUGUACACAAAGAUUUUCUGAGUAAUGGUGGGAUCAAUGAACUUCUCCUUGAACUUCAAUCUGAAGAUGUUACUCUAUAUGGAGGACCAAAAGCCAGCACUUUGUUGAAUAUUGUAGAGGCAAAUUCAUUGCAUCAUGAAUACAGUUCCAUGGCUUGCACAAUUGAAAUCGUAGAUGAUGUGUUUUCUGCCAUUGACCACAUAAAUGAAAACGGGAGUGCUCAUACUGACUGUAUCAUCACAGAAGACAGUGAAGUUGCUGAAACUUUCCUACAUCAAGUUGACAGUGCUGCAGUCUUUCAUAAUGCAAGCACACGAUUCUGUGAUGGUGCACGCUUCGGACUUGGCGCAGAGGUCGGUAUAAGUACGAGCCGGAUUCAUGCUCGAGGACCUGUGGGAGUAGAAGGACUUUUAACAGUACGAUGGAUUUUGAGAGGACGUGGUCAGGUGGUGGAUGGUGAUAAAGGUGUUACUUAUACACACAAGGUUCUGCAUCAUUCCUAGCAAUUCAGAAACAGAUCUGUCAAGGCUGGAAGUUGCGGUUCAUCAGCUGCUCCUGAGAUCCUAUGUUUUAUUUUAAGAUAAAAGAAUUUCCUUUUUAACCUUUUCCAACCCAUUCCACUGGUAUCAU